UUCUAAAUUUUCGAUAUAAGUUGGAGUUAUUUUUACGGUUAAACCUCAAGGAGAGUGAAUACACACAUUUACCCACACUAUACAUUCUCCAAAUUCCCUUUUCCUUGUUCAAAAUUCAUGCAUCACAAUUACUACAACGCACCGUAACUCUUCAGAUCGGAUCACGCGCUUACGGCGGAGCACACACUCGCUUCCCAACUACAUUGCCGGAACAUCCCGGCGGAACAUCACGGCGGAGCAAAACGUUCUGUCAAGGAUGUCUGUUGAUGCUGAGUUUUCUAAUGGUCCAUUCAUCUUAACUGACGAAAAAUUGUCUGAAGUGGGGAAUUCAGCUGUUGCAUGUGAAAAUGCAUCUAGCUGCGGCGCUGUUGUGUUAACAAAAGAAACUUCGAGCUGCCCUUCUGAUAAGGGUCAAAUGGAACAUGAUACAGCCUCAGAGAUAACAGGCAUUGAAGAAGUGAGUGGUGAAGCCGGUGGUUUGGACAAAGGUAAUGAUGAUGAAAAAUUAAGCCACGGAAGUGCAGAACCUGCAAUUGCAGGCAACUGUGGAGACAAGUUACAAUCUGACCAAAUUGAGAAGACUGAAAUCGCAGACACUGAUGGUGGUCAAGGGACACUGAGCAUGGUUGCCGAAAUCAAAGGUGUCAAUGAGUUUAGUUGUGAUGUCAAUUUAGUAUGUGAAGAAAGUGCAGAUGCUGAAAAGGUAGAGAGCAAUGGUCAAAAGGCACCUAUCAUAGAGAUUAAAACCGUUGAAGAAAUUAUGGGUAAAUCUAAUGGUUCAAGGAAGGACGAUAAGAGUGUGGAUGCUGAAAAUGGGGAUAUCAACAGUUCGAUGGCUGUUAACCCUGUUACUGAGACAGCAAGCACGGAAGAAAUGAGAGGCAAAUCUAGUGGUCCUCACAGAAAUAACGAUGACAGGAGAUUAAGUGCAGAAAGUGCAGAUACUGAAAAGGUAGAGAUCGAUGGCCAAAGAGAACCUAGCACUGUUACAAAAAUUAAAGCUGUUGAAGAAAUUAUUGGUGAAUCUAAUGGUUUGAGUAAAAAUGAUAAGAGUGUGGAUGAUGAAAAGGGGGAUAUCAAUAGUUCAAUGGCUAUCAACCCUGGAAGUGAAGACAGUAACAGUCACUCAGCACCCAACAUGAUCACAAAAAUCGACGGCAGCAAUGAAACAGGAGGUGAUACUAACUGCGAUGUCAAACUAUGUGAAGGAAGUGCAGAAACUGUGAAGGUAGAGAUCAAUGGCCAAAGGGAACCUAGCACUGUUACAAAGAUUGAAGAAAUUAGGUCUGAAUGUAAUGGUUCAAGUAAAAUUAAUGAGAGUGAGGAUGCUGAAAAGUCUGGUAGCAACAAUUCAGUGGCUACCGACAUUAUUUCUGAGAUCAGUGGAUUAGAAGGCCAGUCUAAUGGUGUAGAGAAAAUUAACGGCCAGUCUACUGGUGUAGAGAAAAUUAACAUUAUUCCUGAGAUCUCUGGAAUAGUCGUUGAGUCUAAUGACGCGGAGGAAGUAAGUAAUGAUAAAUUAGUACACCAAGAGAGCACAAACAUUGAAAAAGCAGACAGCCAAGGCCACAAGGUUUCCAAUGUCGUAAGUGAAAUCAAAGGAAUGGAAGACAUAGAAGGUGAGUCUGAUGCCACAAACAGAAGGACUGAUGGAAACUCAACAUCUGAAGAUAUGAAGGAUGGUGAAGUAGCAGAUGGUAGCACGCAAGUUCAUAAAGGUGAAAUCCUUUGCAGCAUUGAUGCUGUCGCAUCUGGAAAGGAGAGCGUGAAUUGCUUGAAUGAUAAUGUUCAAAGCGUGCGCAACACAGUCUUCGACACUAAAUGCAAUGAAGAAACUGGAAGUAAAUUUGAUGGUGACAAAGAUAUAGAUGACAAAGCAAUGCACCAAAGAAAUGAGGAUUCUGAAAGAUUGCACUCUGAUGGUCUAGCUAGUGAAGGGAUGUCCAGUGAUGCUGAACUGUCACAUGGCCCCUCUGUUUUGGCUGAUGCAAGGUUAUCUGGAGUAGAGAAUUCUUCUACUUCAAUCAGCUUGGAUAUUUCUAGCAAUGAAGCUAUUGCAUUGGGAAGUGAAGCUUGUAAUUGCUGUAUUUCUCAUGGUCAAAGUUCAGCUGAUAUGAUUCAAGAGAGCAUUGGUACAGCAGUAGGAGGUGAAUCUAAUGAUGUGGACGGAAGUAGCGAUGACAAAUUGAUGCAUAAAAACUUUGAGGAUGGCAAAAGUUUCAACAGCAGUAGUCAAGCUGUGGAAGGGAUGUCUUGUAAUGCUGAGUUUUCCCAAGGCCUAUCUACUUCCGUUGGUUCAAAAAUUUCUGAAGUGGGUAAUUAUUGUGCUUCAAGUUCUAAAGACGUGUCUAGCAACGAUGAUGUUGGGGCCGAAAAUGAAACUUUGAAUAGCUCUACUGAUGACUCCCAACUGCUGGGAGCUAACUUGGUCAGAGAAGGUAGUGGAUUUGAAAAUUUGGAAGAUGAAUUAAAUGGUGGUGACGAAAGUAUUAACAAUGGAAUACCUCACAAAAAAUGUGAGGAUCCUGAAAAUCCGCAUAACGGUUCAGAUAAUGCGGGGGCGCAUCGUGAUGCUGAAUUUUCCAUUGACCAGUCUGUUUUAGCUGAUUUGAAAUUGUGCGAAGAUGGAAAUUCUUCGGCUUCAAGCAUUAAAGAUGAGUGCCAUGAUGCUGUUUGUGGAAAUACUUUGAAUGAGCCCAUUCAUGAAUGCAAAAUGGUGCCCAAUAUGGCUAUAGAUUUCAUUGACAUUAAGAAAGAAGGUGAAUCUAGUGUUGCAGACCAAACCAGUGAUGACAAAGAAGGCGAAUCUAGUGUUGCAGACCAAACCAGCGAUGACAAAUUCAUACGCGAAAGUGGGGAUGCGGAAGAACCACCGAGCAUAAAUAUUGAUGAAAGGAUGUCUUGCGACAAUGAAAUAUGCGACGAUCAGGCUACUUUGGCUGAUUUGGAGUUAACUGAAGGGGGAAACACUUCAAGCAGUAGAGAUGUUUCUAGCCAUGAUGCUGUGAUAUCUGAAAAUGAGACAUUGACUUGCCCAAUCGAGAUUGAUCCAGAGCCAGCCAACAUGAACAUAGAGAUCACUGGCAGUGAAGAAAUGACAGGUGGUUCAGACUGGAGUAAUGAUGACAAACUAGUUUGUGAACAAAGUGGGGAUGCUGAAAUUUCUAAUACUAACGAAGCAUUGGCCACUUCGGCUGAAUGUUCCUCUGUGGAUGUUGCUGCUGCAAGGGAUAUGAAUGGUAUUGCAGCAAAGGGAUUUUACUUCCUGAUCAGGAUGCCAAGAUUUGAUGAUGAGAAAAUCCGAGAACACAUCAAAGUUGCUGAGCUAAAUGUUGAUGAGAAGACACAGCAUAGGGAUGCCUUUAGACAAAAAAUCAGAAACAAAAGGGCCAAUUGCCAAACCCAUGGUGCUGAAUUUGAAGCUGCAAAAGCUCAAGAGAGAGAUGCUAGAAAGCAAGUCAGGACUAAGCGUGCAGAUAUCUCCACACUUCAAGACAUAAUUGAUAAAGCAAAGAAUGCAGUUGCCAUUGGUGAGAUUGAUAAUAGGAUUUCUAAUAUGGAACACAUUAUUGGACAUGAAACUGUACCUCUAAAGGAGGAAAAGCUUCUAAUUCGUGAAAUCAAGCAACUGAAGCAGCUUCGUGGACAGCUUUCCUCUAACACUGGUAGCCAGGAUGAAGUGCAGAAGUCUCUGGAUGAGAGAGAAGUAAAUGAAGAGCGCUUGAGGGUCUUGAAGAAAGAGCUUGAUAACCUCAAAGUCAAGGUCUCAAAAGCUGAAACAAUUGUGAUGACAGCUAGCCGUAAAUUUGAAGACGAGAGUCGAAAGCUCAAAGAAUUGCAAGCACAGUUUAAAGCUGCGGAUGAUAUUCGCCAAGAAGCAUAUGAAGAAUUGCGGAAUUUAAAGAAGGGACUGUAUGAGAAGAAUGUUCAUUUCCGUACAUACAAGGACGACGCGACUUUGGCUAAUGAUCAUGCACGAAAGGGAGAAAUGGUAGCUCUUAAUCAUCUAUGUGUGAAUCAGGUUGAAAGGUACAUGGAACUUUGGAACAAUAAUGAUGAGUUCAGAAAGGAUUACAUCAGGUGUAAUACGAGGAGUACGGUAAGGAGAUUUGGGACCUUGGAUGGUCGUACACUUGGUCCUGAUGAGCAGCCAACUGUUCUUCCCAGUUACCGGGUGGUGGAAAGAGUUAAUAGGCUGGUAACUAGUGUAGAUAAAGUUAACAGUGUGUUACAAGCUCCGGUCCCUCAUCAGGAAAAGCAAGUAGUAGUUCUCAAGGAUAAACUUAAGGAUGACAAUAUUGUUCCGCAAGCAGCAGAAGGAAUGAAUCAGGUUGAGAAAACGAAAGAGGCUCGCAAAUCAACUCCAAGAGAGAGGAUUACGGUUGAUGAGCCAAAAGAAACCGAGCAUCUGCAAACUGCUCAGGAGUUGGAGGCUGCUAGAAAGGAGGAGGAACUGAGAAAGCGUGAGGAAGCAGCCAGGUUGAAAGAGCAACGACGGCUGGAGGAGAUCGCAAAGGCUAAGGAGGCAUUAGAAAGGAAAAAACGCAAUGCAGAAAAGGCCCAACUAAGGGCUGAAUUGCGUGCCCAGAAGGAAGAAGAACAGAGACUGAAGGACAAGGAGAAAAGACUGCGUAAGAGGGAAAGGAAGAAGGGUUCUGCAAGUGAAACACACAGCGAAAAUAACGAUGGUGAAAUUACUUUGAUUUCCACCAGCACGAGAGGAAUUGUCAGGGAGUUUGAGGUUGGUGAGAGUAGUUCUCAAUCAAUCACCAAGAAGACUCAGAAACCAUCUCAAUAUACGAAACAGAUGAAGACUAAAGCCAUUCCUCCCCCACUUCGCAACAGAGGUAGAAGGAGAUGGCAGCAGUGGUUUUGGAUGGUUCUUUCUUGCGUAGCUGUCGUUGGUGUGUUUUUCCUAGGAAACAUCGGCUUCUUCUCCCAUCUGAAGAAGCCAAGAAACCCUGGAUAUUAGGGUCAUUACCUUGUUAGAUUUGGCUUGAAGGGAAACAGGUUUGCUUUAUAUUUCAUUGAUGAAGAGAGGAGGGGUGAUUCUUUUGUUCUAUAUACACAUAAUAUGUUGGUUGGUUCAUCAUAGCUUUGAACAUUUUGGUUCUUAAUAGAGUGAGAAAAUGGUUUUAAACAGAACAUUUUAAUAUGGGUAUUUAUUACAAAACAGAUGCUUAAUAAUCCUAUUAUUGGUAUUGUGUUAUAUAGUAAAGUUUUACCAAAA